CUAAUCUUCGCCAAUCUAGAGGCGGCAUGAACUCAACCACAAAGUCGGAAUCUGGCCCAUGGAUCGCGAUAUCGCAGACCUGCGACCGUACGACGUUAUACACUCCAGUGGGGGCGGAUUCGUCGUACUCAAGCUUUUCCAUGAGCCUGGAGAAGCGAUGGAGCAGGUGCUCAGGCUGAUGCUGCUCGCAGGAGACUGCUCUGUCCCAGUUGUUGGCCGCUUGUACUCUAAUGCCGAACUAGCUGGCUUUAUAACACUGUACGAGUCUUGUGGUGCGCCUGCCUCCGAGAUGUUCAAGACUCCCCGUAUCCGCGCCGAGCUUUCUACGGAGAGAAGGCUUGAAAUUAUAUCGCAGCUAUUUGACCUCGUUGACCGUUUGCAUGCAAGAGGAAUAUUGCAUUGUGACCUCUAUACCUCCUGAUGUAUUCGGAUGGUUCGUUACGCCUCUGCGACUUUAGAAGUGCAAUGCUUGAGGUAGAUCCUGUCUUGCCUCGCUCGAUAAUGAACUAUUCAUCUGCUUCAUUGUGCAAUUUCCCCCCGCCCCCUGUACCACUGUCGUGUUACUCCAAAACCGAUGACUUAUAUGUGACUGGAAUGACUAUCUGGGAAAUAUUUGUAGUGCUCAACAUAUCAGUGCCAGGCUGUCUUUAAUUCCGAUUGUUAUCGGUGGAGUCACUGAGCUGAAUGCACAUGUAUCAUAUGUAUUUCAGUACGACGUACUAGGUCAUCAUCUGCUGGGUGGGGCUUCUCCAAUCAAGGCGUCUUAGCUUGAACUCAAC